UCGUAGUCAACUUGUUCUCUAAAUUUUUAAUUGUUUUUAAUACAGAUAGUACAGAGUAUAAAUUACUUAUGUACCAAUACAUUAUACACUUCAACAAUAAAAAAAAUAUAUGAGCUAUGACUGACUUGCACAUCAUCUCCUAUGUCCUCCACCAAUACACCAUCACUGUAUUGACUUUUUAUAAACUACAUUUUCAUUUAUUUUCCAUUUCAAGCAAUAUGAUCCUCAAAACCCAUUAAUACUAAAUUUUUUAUAGUCCAAAUUAAACCUCUUCCCUAUGGAUUUUCCACAAAUCAUCAUCUUCCUCUUCCCUUUCAUCUUCGCUUCAUCAGCCUUCUCCUUCUGUCCAAUCACAACCUGCACAAACAACACAAUCACCCGAAUUCGAUUUCCCUUCCAUCUCGAAAAUCAAAAAACUGAAAACUGCAGCUACCCAGGAUUCAACCUUCACUGCACAAAAACAGGACGGACAGCAAUAACUCUCCCUCAUUCGGGAGAGUUCUUAGUCCGUUCUAUAAACUACGAAUCACAAAACAUACUAAUAAACGAUCCUAACCAAUGUCUCCCUAGGAGACUUCUACAAGGUUUUGACCCUUCCGGCUCACCUUUCCAAUCCGAUUUUUAUGUCAACUACACAUUCCUUAGCUGUCCUCGAGACUUUACUGAUGCUCGGUAUGCUGUAAUCGAGUGUCUUAGUAACUCGACAAGGUCAGUGAUAGCGAGUUCUCAUACUGAUUUCUCUGUUCGUGUGUCGAAUAAAGCCUGCAAGAUGAUCAAGACAUUGGAAGUUCCUGCUUCUAUGAGUGAAGAUGGUGGGUUUACAACUAGUCUUGGUGAUGGUGUUUGGCUUUCUUGGCAUGUUCCUGAUUGUAAAGAUUGUGAAGUGAAAGGUGGUGUUUGUGGAUUUCAAAAGAAUGGUAAUAAGCAAAUUGGUUGCUUCUAUAAUCUUCCAAAUUCAGGUGACGAAAAACAAGCAGAAAAGAACAAGGGCCUCAAAGUAUUCAGGAUCAUUGCCUUCUCAAUAGCAUUCCCAGCCAUUUUAUGUGCAUUUGGUAUAGGACUAUUCUUAUGCAUAAUGGAUAGGAGAGACAGGAACAGAAGUGCUCGGAUAAACAGCACAUUACAGCAAAUUACAGCGACAGACCAGCCCCUCGACACAACUAUGGGGCUCGACCAAGCCACCAUCGAUUCUUACACUAAGGUCGUGCUUGGAGAAAGUCGAAGAGUUCCAGGUUUGAAUGAUGGGUCAUGUCCAAUAUGUUUGUCGGAUUUUAGCGCAAAGGAAACACUUAGGUGCAUACCAGAUUGUAAGCAUUGUUUCCAUGCUGAUUGUAUUGAUGAGUGGCUAAAGAUGAACGGUACUUGCCCGCUCUGUCGCACUUCACCUGCUCAUCCUGCACAGGUCCAAAUAGUUUGCUAGGCAAAGGAUCACUUGAUGUAGAUAUAGAUUAGAUUGGUUUCAUUCUUUUUCACUUUGUAAUAUUACCAUCAACAUGUAGAGGCAGACCUAUAAAGGAGCACGACACGAAAAUAUUGCAAUCUUUCAUGAUUGUUUGGGCACUAGCAAGCAGAGUUGUGUCUGGGAUGGGAUCAAACAAGUGAGCAGUCUUUGGGGAGUACUAUAUAACACUCCCUAUGUCCUCUCAUUUUCAUUUUACACUGAUUGUAAAAUAGGUGAAAGUUAGUGGAAAGGAAAAUUAUAUUACAGAAUGAAACAAAAAACAAGUGAAGAUAGAAAUGAAAAUUGUUAAGAUGAAAAAAAUUAAAGUUUGUGGAUGAUUUUAAAAGAAGAAAAAUGAAAUCAUAGGAAAAAAAUUAAUGAGGCAAAAUGAGGACAUAAAGAA